AUGAAGACCCUCAUCCGGCUAUCCUCCCUCUCGAGGACCCAGCCACUCUUCAAACCCACCCUCCCAACCCUCCAAUCCCGUACCUUCUUCGGCCUCUUCCGUCGCAAAAACCUCGAAGACUCCAGAGGCGUGCCCCUCUCCGUCGCCGAACUUCUCGAAAAACAGCCAGCCUUACCAACAUCAACCGGUCAAGCCACAAAACUAAAACGCGGCGACCUCUCUUCUUCCUCAAUCUUCCAACAAGAUGAUUCCUCUACCUCACUUCCUCACGAAGAAGGAGAAGAAAAAGGAAUCCCCUCCCCUCUCCUCCAACAAACCGGCAAAAACCGCAUCGCAAUCCUAAAACAAUCCGGAUUAUACCCAACCUCCCCAUCCUUCAUGGCAAAAUACAAAAUCCGCCAAAUAAAACGUCGAGGCCGUCUAACCCCCACCCUCAAAAAGAUGCAAUCCGAAAAGGAACACCUCUGUCAAUCCCAUAACUUCAAAACCUCCCUAAAAAAACUAGGCCCCCUAGCCAGACAAAUCGCGGGUAAACCAUUGGAACACGCAUUAAUCCAAAUGAGAUAUUCUCCAAAAAAGGCAGCAAAGGAAGUCUUGAAACAUUUGGUACAAGCUAAAAACGAAGCUAUCUAUACUAAAAACUUCGAUCCGGAACAAACUUAUAUCUCUCAAGCAUGGGUCGGUAGGGGGACACCGGAUAAAGAAGCUCUUCCACGAGCUAGAUCGAGAGUCAACAUCCUCGUCAAACCGUUUACUUCCAUCAGUGUCAUCCUCAAGGAGAAUAAAACACUAGAAAGACUUGCAAAGGAAAAGGAAGACAAACGGUUACGACAGAAAGUAUGGGUACCAUUGGCUAAUAGACCGAUAUACGGUCAACAUCAAUACUACCAGUGGUAG